AUGCCGAGCACAUCGAUGGUCAGCCCCUCGCAGGCAGAUAUGCAGUGGCGGGCGCGAAUUGGCUCGGAGGAGUUCUGGGCUACCUUUCCUCCGCUGUCCCCACGGCCGGAGGUCGGUUCCGGAGGUCUGGUCCCCAUUCGGCUCAAUGCAUCGCUGCGAACAAUCGUUGGAGCACGACCAGGUCCGGAGCAGGUACAGGUCGCAGGCGAGAAGCGAAUUGCACAAAAAUCUUGCAGGAGCACAGGCUCUAGCUUCGCCUCAUCGCUAGCACAUAUGGACCGCACAUCGUCGCGAGUCUCGUCCAAGGUGUCCAGCAGGGCAGCGGCCGAGCUGGUCCUUGACGCAGGAGCCGCUGUGGGAGCCCGGGAGUUGAAGGCGGAGCUGCACCAGGAGCGGCUGCUGCGGCAGAGGGCCGAGGAUGAGGCUCAGAAGCUUCGGGCCAGGCUGCAAGACUGA